AUGUUUCUGGGCUGCCUGCUUGUAUUGCCAAGGCGUUGUGCUGUGAGGGCAGCCUCCCCGGCGGCAUGCUGACACCUGCACACAUCCUCCUGGAAAGCUGACAGCAGCAGGGUUUCACUCACUUGACUACCCAAUCAGGUCUAUGCUCGCCUCUACCCUGGGCUGUUGGUCAAGCAGGAUGGCUCCACUAUCCAUAUCCAAUAUCAGGAGCCAUGACACAUGCUAGCGAUGGCCCUAGACCUGGGCAUCCUAUCUGUAAAAGAGCACUGGGCCUGCUUCUGAAAAUGUGAGGCUCAGCUCCUGUAGAAGAGGGAGGGAGAGCCAUAGAUGAUUGGCAGGUUUGACACUGAAUGAUACUAAUGGUUUUGGACCAAGACCAAGAAGUAA